AUGAACAAUAAAUACUAAUGAGAAAUCCUGUCUUAACGCUCCUCCAAGAUGGCCGCUGUGACGUAUAUUGAAAAACGAAGAAUUCCACUUCUUACGUCAUUUCCCACCUGAAAAUCCUUUUCGGGUAAAAAUUGCGAUGAAAAUGAAAUGAUAUUCUGCUAAAAUAAACAAGCUAAAGAUUUGCCGUAUAUUCGAAUAAACUAGUUUUUAUCGAAAAGCGUGUUUUGUAAUUUGAAUUCUUUUUUGUUUGUCGUCCUGAUUCCUCUUCGAGUAUUAAUUAAAAUGCUUGUCCAAAAGGCAAAUUAACCGAUACUGACUAAAAAAAAACAGCUCAAAGUUGUUACAACCGAGAAGAAUCCGAGAAAAAGAAGCAUAAGUUAACCAAGCAUAUUAAAAAAAAGAAUACAAAGCACUGAAUGAUCAGUUUGUCUAAGAAAAAUACACACAGAGAGAAAAAAAAUGAAGUUUAUUAAAGCGAGCGAAAAACAAUAUGAAAACGGUAACUAUGGACUACGCAAAUGAAUUUUCACGAUCAAUUAUUGAUGUCAUCUGUAUUAGCAUAUUCGGUGGUUGUAAUACAUCCUCGGUGUACAGACAAUAUUGAAAAUAAUACGAAAAUACCGAAAAUAUCCUUCUGAAUCGCGUAAAUAAAGWUCUGGGUUGAUUCUUGGUUGGUUUUCGAGCGAAAUUUAAGGAUUUUUCGACAAAUUUGCCUUGUUCUCUGGCAGAGAUGGCAGUUUUGAGCUGCAAGUGGGUCUUGUUGCUGUUGGCGGUGGCUGUAGCAUCGGUGUCUUCGGAUAAAAAGUUCUUUACUCCAAAAGAUUGUACAUCGAAAAUCAAGAUUUUUACAAGCGAUAACGGUGAAUUUACCAGCCCAGGCGGUUGGUCAGGAUAUGGAAACAAUACAAACUGUACAUGGCAAAUCAAAGCCCCUCAGAUCUCAGCUAAAGUAAAAGUGUUUUUUACUGACUUCGAUGUCGAACCCAGUAAAGACUGCGUCCAUUACGACAGUGUUGCUGUAAAAGAGAAUUGCAAUGGAUCAUGGUCUCGUAACCUCGAUCCAGACCCCCAUGUUCAUGGCUAUUGUGGAAAUAGGACGGACUUUUCCGUUACUUCAAAUUGUGGUAACGUGGUCAUUAUUUUCAAAACAGAUGACUCGGUCACUAGGAAAGGAUUUAAUGUAUCGUUUGAAAUCCACCGUGAAAGCAAGCCACCAGUUAUCACAUGCAUUGGCAAGCACUGCAAUGGCACACAGGAAGAAAUUGCAGAAAGUAAUAUUUAUGUGAAUUGUGUUGUCGAAGCUUACCCACCUCCGACGAUYUACUGGACUCGAGUGAACGGCUCGAUGCCCGUUGGGUCCAUUUGGUUAUUUAACGGUACUUUAAAAAUCGAAAAGGUGCGUGAAGAACAUACAGGAAUUUACGAAUGCUUCACAAAUAACACCAACGGCAGUGACACUGGACGCGUUCAUCUCGUCGUGAAAG